AUGCCAGAAGGAUACGCACCAAGUUUAGGCGCUGGCCUCUCUCUUCUCAAUCUCUUUGGACUUACCUCCAUAUCCGCCAAGAUCUUUGGCACACUCAUCAUUGCUUUGAUUUUUGCUUCCCUCUUCAUUCGCUUCCGGUAUCCUUGUCGUUCCCCUUCAUCACUCAUAAAGGUCGUAGACCAGGCUAAAACACUCUUCAACAAGUGUCUCGCCACGCGCGCAUUUGACGUUGACGGGGAAUACGAUAAAUUCAAAAAGUCACUUCGACAAAUUUCGGCCCGCGCCUUGGGGAUCGCCUCUAGAACACAUGACAACCUCAACAGGCGCAGCUCGACUUAUUUCGAAAAGAUCCUGUUCUGGUGGAGAGGACUGAAAGAAAUCGUCGAUUGUCAUCGCAAAGCCCAGUUGCUUAUACGCGACUUGGAGAUGUGCUUGAUGCGAGCUUCUCUUGCUCUUGCAGAAUACGAACUGCAGAGGACACGCACAAACCCGCAAGCUUUAUACGACGCCGGCUCUGGUUAUAGUGUGGAAGCACUUGUGUAG